AUGCUGUGGGUGAUCCUUUCGUGGGGUCUCGUCGCAGUCAUCUGCUAUUUCGCCCUCAACCAUCUUGGUUCCACUUCCACCGGCGACACCGCACACACCUCUUCGACUUUCGGCGGAUUGAAUGCCGGGUGAGUGCAAGUGCUACCUUGAAACAGUCUUGCUCUCCGGCUUUACCGCCGCGCUCGAGCAUCGGGAUUUAGUGCGAGCUCGAGCUCGUUGUUCAAAUAUUAGGGUGAGGCGAGCAGCGCGUACUUCACCGUCUCACCUUUUUGAACAUGUUUUGCUCUAUGGUUCGGUUCGCGUUCAAGAUCAAGAAAGUCCAUAGUACGGAAGAUUUCAGAAAGGUCAAUGCGAACGGCAGCACCCAAGGCUCAAGCGGCGAAUGGUCGAACGAAAUAGUAUCAUGGCUCUACUCGAACUUUCACAAAGUGCCCGCUCCCAUGGACGCAUGGAUCAAGUCGUUGAAUGAAGCGGCGAAGAAAGUCACUUCCCCGGUGCGUGUAACAAUAGCAUGUGGUCGUCAAUGUAGGUUCUCAUAUUGCAGACGAAGUGUGAGGUGCUUUUCGAAGGAUUCGGAGAUCACACCGAUGUGUUACAACCACCGAAGAUUAGUAAUGUUCGUGUUGAACACGGGCCUCGAGAUCAUCUGGUUAGUAUUGAGAACUCGGUUUUUGUUCGCACAAAUUUAAUUGAAGACGGUCCGCUCGAAUAUUCAUCUGCCGUGUGUUAAACUGCGUCUAGUGUCGUCGCAACGAACUGCCGAGAGAAUGAUUGUCUCGAAUUACGACGUUUCGAUUGUGGAUUUGCGAGGAGAAGUGAGCGCUUUGAGAGCUUUUGCAGAAAAGCAAUGAAAGUGUCAUUUGAGGUGGAAUGUCGUAUGGCGUGCAUAGCCAACCAGCUUUAUCUGAUGGGUUGCUUCAGCGGGAGACCGGAAAUGGACAUCGAACUUAAGAACACAGAUCCGAAUGCUCAGUAUCAGGUGUCUAUGCCAAUGGUUGAGGAAAGCAUCAGAAGAUGUCUUUUGUCGGCAGUUACCAACAUUAACUUGUCGGAAGAACUUCCAGAGGAGAGAAACACUUUUGCAGACACUUUCAGCAGAACCAUCUAUAAUCCACCGGUGCGCUAACUAAUAAAACGUUUUAAAAUGUUGAUUGUUAACAGACUCAUUCUCCUUCCGGUACCAUGCGUAACUCGUACAACGCCUACGACUCCAACCUCCACGUUGAUCCUUAUGGAACCCACUCAUCUCACAGAAGCAACAGCCCGGCCGAAGUCCCUGAAAUGUUCAAAAAAUUGAACGAAUCUCAUGUGAGUUGGAGGCAGAUAAAUAAUAAUUGACAUCUAAAGUUUCAUGUUUUCAGUUGAUCAGUCCAUCCUACAACACCAAUUCCAUCCCAAACAAAAUGAGAAUCAAGGUGAUCAAGGCAAACCGUCUGGGCAAAGAAGUUUCGCAGCCGUUCGUGAACGUAGAAAUGGAUGAGCCAGCUCAGAAAUACUCAACUUCCAAGGGAAUAAACGCAAAUCCGUAUUGGGAGGAAACUUUUGAUUUGUAAGAUAACUUUAGUUUGGUAACAAAAUAAGGUUCUGGUUUGCUGCAGCGAUCUGACUCCAGCUACGGAAGAAAUUCUAUUCGAGAUCUACGAAGGAAACGAUAAACUCCAUGUGAAUGACGACGAAGGCUUCCUCGGACUGGCAAUUGUGAAUUUCGAGGAGAUCCGAAGAAGUGGGGAGACCAUUCAUUCGUUGAAGCUCCAGGGAAGACCGUACCGCAAGGAUGCCAUCUCGGGUGAUCUUACAGUUCAGGUAGCCAUUUAGACCUUCCAUGUUCUCCACAAUCCUAUUGUUUUCAGUUCGAUUUCUUUUACGAUCCGAAUACUUUGACUGCUGGCAAACUGACUGACACUGUGAAAGUGACUAACCCGAAUGGAUCCGAGUUCCGCGAAACUCUCACCACUCACAGAAGACCAAUAUAUGAUCCCCAUGGUAAAGCACAAAACAUGUAGAUAAAAACCGAGCAAACAUGACUAUUUUCUAUUCAGUUUGUCAAUAUUAAUUCAUUUCAAGUUGAUAAUAGUAUAUUUGAACAACUUUGGUUUUUGAGACAACUUCGACGGACAUGAACCAAUAGUGCCAUCGAAAACGACUACAGUAACCGUGAAAACUGUGUCACAGGUAACUAGUGAGCAUAUUCGUCAUUUGUUUCAAAGCUAUCCUGUUUCAGACUCUCAAGGAGAAACCGACUAUUCAAUCAGUGCAUGGAUCAUUGGAGAACGCUGUUGAUCCAGCCACACAGAGAAUUCUGGAUCAACAAUUCAGAAACCACAAUGAUCCGAAAACUCGGGAGUUGGAGGCCAAACUCCAGUCUGUUUCUCAGAGUAUGUCUGCAUCGAACACUCUUGAGAGGCCGAACAAGAAUGGUAGCAACGGCCAACACUAUCGAGAUCAAUCAGCUCCACUGGAGUUCCAUGAGGACUUUGAGGUCAGACAUAGCAGAGAUAAAACUAAGAAGGCACCAGCUGAGAAAAGAGAUCGAUCUUUCUUUGGUGAACUCAGAGACAGACUUAGUGGGCGACGAGGCAGGAGCCAGAAAAGAUCAAAGUCAGUCGAUCUGGAGAAUCACACUCUGGAAGAAGCAGUUUCCCUCCCGCCAUCUCGUGAUCCUAGUAGGACACGCCAUGCAGGUUAGAAUACUUUAUCCAUCUAGUGUUGUAUAUGCUAGUUUAGUGUCGUCCAAUGACAAGUAUAGGGAAACACAUUCAGUUGGAGGCCGAAGUGGCGAGUCAUCGAAGAGCUUGUACCAGCACAGCACUCUCAUUCUCGAGUUGGAACAGGACAAACAAGCCAAGUACGGUUUAUUUACUUUUGAAUUAUAAUCCAAUUUUCGAUAUUUCAGAUAUUUCUUGAUUCCACCAGCAAUGCUCACCGAGCCAGCCGCGUCUCGUCUGAUGAGAAAGGGAAAGAAACUUCACAUCUACAACGAUCACACAUUUGUCGCCGUUAAAGUGAAAGGGUACUAGUUUUUGUCGGUUCUUGUCUGUCUUUUUCUCCCCUUCUGUCCUGUCCCAUGUCUUUUCCAUCUGUGUUCGUUCCAAAGACACGAUACUAAUGUUAGUUGCAGCGGUGCGGCGUGCAAUGUGUGCCAGCAGAGGAUCCGAAGCAGCUUCUCAAAACAAGCUUAUCAAUGCAGAGGUCCCACUCUCAUUCUGUCCACGGACCAAGUCUUAAAUUCAUAUUUUCAGACUGCAAAAUGGUGUGUCACAAGUCAUGCCACUACAAAACUGAUGCUUUCUGCACACAGAGCACCGUGUCCAAAUUGCAAAUGUAAAGUUGAAACUACGUGCAUGCCAACAUUCAAUGUUUUUGUUUUCAGUGCAAAAGACGUCGAUUGGGCUCAUUUCCUGAGCCACUAUCAACUAGAGGAAUUCAUUUCCAGCGAAGGACUCUAA